UUUCAAGCUUUUCUCUGCUUUUCUCGGCUUAAUUGGCAAUGUUCUGCGCUUCCUGUACAUCUCGUAUCUGACCAAUCCGUGGAUGGUGCUGCCCUUCGAGCUGAUGCAGGGCAUCACCCAUGCUGCGGUGUGGGCGGCCUCCUGCUCCUAUAUAGCCCAUAAUACACCAAAGCAUCUGAGGGCCUCGGCCCAGGGUGUCCUGCAGGGCAUCCAUCAUGGUCUGGGACGUGGUUGCGGCGCCAUCAUUGGUGGCAUGUUCGUCACCUAUUACGGUACUACUGCUACCUUCCGCUGGUACGGCAUAGCUUGUCUCUUCGUCCUUGGAUUCUUCAUCUUUGUCAACUUCUAUUGCAAGGAGCAGGGCUUCAUUUCGGAAAUUCCAGUUACUGAGGAUCCACAUCAGGUGGCUGAGGAAACUUUCCAUUUGGCUCCUCACGGCGUUCCCAGCAAUCCGAUUCCACGGGCACUUUCCAACUCCCGGCUGAACGAAAUGAAUCCCAAUGGAGGACCCUACGGAACUUACCAGACAACUGGCGGAAAUCUGGACAUUCCCGGCGCCAACCAGCACAAUCCGUUUGCCCAGUAAAUGGGGGGCUCAUCAUCUUAGCCAUACCAUCAAAGCCACAGAGGAAAUCUGCAGAAAAGAGUUUAAAGAAAAAAACAUUGAAAAACGAACAAAGUAUAACCGCAAACUUAUCUUGGACGUUGGCCUGCAAUAUGAAUUGCAUAACUGCAUUGCUUUAUUUUGAUUUGUUACGAUCUAGACAUAGCAUAUAGCAUAUACAUAUACACAUAUAUAUAUUUUAUAUAGGGCCACGCCAC